AAUGCUACAUUCCCCCUCAGGAAAAUAAAACGAGGAAGAAGAAAUCUUAACAUCAACAGUGCAGCAUUAAAGGAGACAUCCAGCAGUCAACAUGGACACAAGAGCCUUCAGGAACCCGUACUACGACUAUGAUGGGAACCCUGCCACCACUCAGGCUCUGUUUGACAGCCAGGGGAAGCUCACAGCAGAGUUCGCCCAGCGGCUGAGCAGUAAGAUCAGUGAGCUGUUAGCUGUGAUGGAGAACGGGCUGAAGUCUGCCGACCCCAGAGACUGCACCAGCUACACCGGCUGGGCAGGCAUCGCCCUGCUCUACCUGCACCUCCACAACGUCUUCAGAGACCCCUCCUUCCUCCAGCGAGCUCACGAAUACAUCAGCCGCAGCCUCAAGUCCCUGACCCGCCGCCAUGACGUCACCUUCCUCUGCGGGGACGCCGGGCCGCUGGCCAUCGCUGCCGUGGUCUACUACCGCCUGCAGAGGGUGCAGGAGACCGACGAGUGCAUCAACAGACUGCUGCAGUUCCUCCCCGCCGUGUUGAAAGGAACCGGCGGGCUGCCUGACGAGCUGCUGUACGGCCGCAUGGGUUACCUCUACUCCCUCGUCUUCAUCAACCAGCAGCUCGGCCAGGACAGGAUCCCGCUGCAGUACAUCCAGCAGAUCAGCGAGGCCGUGCUGCAGUCCGGCGAGCUGCUCAGCAGGAAGUUCCGCGUCCAGAACAGCAGCCCUCUGAUGUACGAGUGGUACCAGGAGCAGUACGUCGGCGCCGCCCACGGCCUGGCCGGCAUCUACUACUACCUCAUGCAGCCCGGCUUCGUGGGCGUAGAGGAGUACGUACACAGACUGGUGAAGCCCAGCGUGGACCACGUGUGCCGCCUCAGAUUCCCCACAGGGAACUACCCUCCCUGCAUCGGGGACGACCGGGACCUGCUGGUGCACUGGUGCCACGGAUCCCCCGGGGUGGUCUACAUGCUGCUGCAGGCUUACAGGGCCUUCGGGGUGCCCCACUACCUGGAAGACGCUCUGCUGUGUGGAGAGGUGGUGUGGCACUACGGCCUGCUGAAGAAAGGCUACGGGCUGUGUCACGGCGCGGCGGGGAACGCCUACACCUUCCUGGCUCUCUACAGACAAACGCAUGAUCCCAAGCACCUUUACAGAGCCUGCAUGUUUGCUGACUGGUGCAUGAACUACGGCAAACAUGGCUGCAGAAAUCCAGACACUCCCUUCUCACUUUUUGAAGGCAUGGCGGGCACCAUCUACUUCCUGGUGGACAUCCUGCAGCCAAUGAAAGCUCGUUUCCCAGGGUUUGAGGUGUAAGAGUCCUCCACAGGUAGUCCCACCCACCCACCCACACCGUGGAUCAAUGUGACCAGGAGAAGAUCCACUCGUGCUCUCUGUCACACUCAUGCAUGAAAUUUCACAACAAUCAACAGUGUGCCAUGUUUUCCCUGCUCUUCUCUUCUGGGACUUUACAUGUUAUUAACAGAAUAAAUCUUACACUCACACCUCGACUCUCAUGAUUAUCUCAGCGGGAUGUCACGGGGGAGAGCUCGCCUCGCUUUUCGGUUCCAUUCUUGGGGUGUAAAACUUUGCUUUAAAAACUGCGGCUGUUGUUCAGAUUGUGACGUAUUUUGAGGGGUUUAAGCAAAAAGGCAGGAAACUAAUUUUCUGGCUCUAAAAACAAAAAAAAAAUGCGGUCGACCUAAAUAGUGGUUUGCUAACACUUAACUGUACAUUUCUAUUAUUCUGUACGCUUAAUAUUUUAGAAGAAGAAGAAAGGAAUGCUUUAGUUUGCUGUUCUGUUUUUGUUUUCCGCACAGCGACGCUAGUAACAAUGCACUAAAUAUAAUCCAGUACAAGCUGUGCCAUGUGUUAAGGGAUUAACCCCAGAGUGUAAACUGUUGACUGUCCUUUGCACUGUCUGAGCAAUAAACCAUGUGUCUUUUUCCA